AUGACGGCAGAGUACUGGGAACAAUAUCGAGACUGUGCGGAUACGGUGGAAACGUUGGGCGUCGACUGUUUCGGGGAUGACCGGGAGUCGAUGAGCGAUUUCGCGAAAUAUUUCAACAACGCACAUCUAUCCGAUGUCACAUUAAUGUGCGGGGAGGAGAGAGAUUCAACAGAGCUGAGCCUGAAGCACAAAGGAGCCGAGUUGCCGUUCCACGAG